AUGACCAUUGUUCCGUCAUUCACCCUCGGGUUCAUCCGCUGCAGGGAAAACAAUAAAGUCCUCAUGCUCAAUCGCAACAAAGCCCCAUGGAUGGGUAAAUGGAAUGGUGUUGGCGGUAAGAUCAACCCCAAUGAAACCCCCUUGGACUGUAUCAUUCGCGAAGCACAAGAAGAGACGGGGUUAAUGUUGUCCCAAUUCCAACCUCGGGGCAUUUUGACCUGGGAAAUAUACACCAAGGAAUCUGCCCCCGACAACAGCAACAAGAGCAAGAAUGGCACGCUUGCUGAACGAGCGUUGAGACAUGCCAAUUUAGCCAGCACUGGUGGGCUAUAUAUAUUCACCGCCGAUAUCACGUUGCAACAGUUUGAGAAUUAUCGCACGCCAUUGAUUUACGACGAUGAAGGAAUCUUGUGCUGGAAAGACUUGGAAUGGAUUACAUUUGAGUUUAAUUUAGGAGUGGUUGAUAAUAUACGAGCUAAUCUAUCGCAGAUGUUUGAGUCUAAUGAAGA